AUGCAGUCACACGGAUCCGGUGAGGACAAUGGAGCCGCCGUCUCCCAAAACACCACCACCACAGUCGUUUCCUCGAUGGGCGGAUCGUUCGACUACCAAUUCACUCUACCACCCCGCUUCACCACCAUGGGUCCGAUCGGAAUCGGAGUACAGGGAGCCGUAUGUGCCGCCAUUGAUUUGCAAACGGGCCGACGGUUGGCGGUGAAGAAACUCUCACAACCAUUCCGGGACUUGACGUUCGCCAAACGGGCGUAUCGCGAGAUUAAGCUGAUGCGAUUAGUCGAUCACCCAAACAUUAUAAAGCUUCUCUACGCGUAUACGCCCCAGACCACGCUAGAAUCGUUCCGUGACGUGUACAUCUUCACCGAGUUGAUGGACAGCAGCCUGAGGAACGUGGUCGGCAUCAGUAUAGGUCACGAUCGUAUCUCCUUCCUUGUCUACCAGAUGCUGUGCGGCAUCAAGUACUUACAUGCGGCCGGCAUUAUCCAUCGCGACCUAAAGCCCUCCAACAUUGUCGUGUGCAAGGACUGCACGCUCAAGAUACUGGACUUUGGGCUGGCCCGCAGCGUCCAGACGAGCUUCACCAUGACGCAGUACGUCGUGACGCGCCACUACCGAGCGCCCGAGAUCAUCCUCAACAUGGAGUACGACACGAAGGUGGACAUCUGGUCGAUCGGAUGCAUCAUGGCCGAGCUGAUCACGGGCUCCGUGCUGUUCCCCGGCACCGAUCACGUCGACCAGUGGAUGCGCAUCGUCGACACGCUCGGUACACCGCGCGCCGAGUUCAUUGCCCGCACCACCCCCGGCACCCAGCGGUACAUUAACAAUCAGCCGAAGCAGGAGGGAAAACCGUUCGAGGUCCUGUUCCCGGACGACGCGUUCGAUGGAACGCCCACGAACUAUCCGCAGCUAACGAACGAGCUAGCGAGAGACUUUCUCCGGCGGAUGCUCGCGUUCGACCCGAUGGAACGGAUAUCGGUCGACGAGGCCCUGUUCCAUCCGUACAUCCACCUGUGGUACUCCGAGAAGGACGUUAACCGACCCGCCCCGGCCCCAUACGAUCAUUCCAUAGACGCCCAGAAUCUCACCGUCCAGCAGUGGAAAGCGCUCCUGUACGAGGAGAUACAGGACAUCCAGCGAACGAUGACUCUGGACGACGAACCAUCGCCAAGUGCAACAUUGGAUCCUGCGGGAGAGGAGGGACGGUGAGCCCGGAAGAAUAACCGGUGCGCCAUAUUUGUGUUUCCUUUUGAGGCUGUCUAAGCUAUUUAGUGUUAAAUUUAGGUAGGAUUAUGUUAGGAAGUAAAAAAGGCAAACCGAGCAGGUAAGGAUGUUAAUUGUUGAAUUCAAAACAUCUUUCGCUCGCUCGAUCUCGAUUUAUGGUAGCACUAAAUGAGGUCCUCCUGCAGACUGUUGCUUGGGUGAGAAUCACACGGAAA